AUGGCGACAAGACGCGCAAACCAGAACACCAGGUCCUCUUCACGGUCUGCACUCUCUCCCACAUCCGACUUCUACUAUCGGCCAUCAGGAGAAAUUCUGUCCGGAUCAUAUCGCGUGGCAAACGUGCUCCCAGGCCAAUAUUACGAUACCAUACAGUGUCGGCUCCAGGAGGUCUCGCUGAAGGACAACAGUGCUCGUUUCCUUGCCCUCAGCUACUGCUGGAACACAAGCAAGACCGAGGAAACAGUCACUGUCGAUGGGCAGCCAGUCAGGAUUACAACGAACCUGCAUGCCGCUCUCAGAAAUGCGCGUGCACCGAGCACUGCUGUUAGCCUUUGGGUGGACCAGAUUUGCGUUGACCAGACGAAUAUCAUAGACCGCAAUGACCAGGUCGGUAAGAUGGGUGCCAUAUUCCGUGCAGCAAGCGGUGUGAUUGUUUGGCUCGGAGAGGCAGAUGAUGGUGUCGCCAGUGCCAUGGACUUGCCAAAGAAGAUCAGACGCUACUGGCCCAGUCUCUACGACAACCCCAGUCUUCUUACACAUCACAGCCAAACACCAGCAGAGGUACCCAAAUGGGGAGAGAGAGCGUGGCGCGCUUUUCAGGCACUUCUGCUUCGUCCAUGGUUCAAGAGACUGUGGGUCAUCCAGGAGAUUGCAUGUGCUAGAGACAUCGUGGUUACCUGCAGAUCCAAUACCGCUCUAUGGAAGGAUUUUGUGAAGUUGAUUUACGUCGUUGAUGCGAUGCAUCAUUCGUCUCUUGGUGUGAACCAUAUGCUUGGCUCGAAAAGUGCGGCACAAUACGUUGGCUUUAUGGAGGAAUUGCGUAGUGUCACCGAGCAAGGUACAAAGCAAGCGGCCAAGGACUACGCCAGCGAGGACUCCAUGGCACCGUAUGUUCUCAGGAUGGCCAAGGACUGCAAUGCAACAGACCACAGGGAUAAAUUGUACGCUUUUCACCACAUCAUCCGCCUGGUCACGAGGCCGGACUAUGCCGUUGACAUCGAGACAUUGUAUCAACAAUUCGCUGUACAAUACCUGCAGCGCAUUGCCUAUGCUAUCUCUGAGUUUGACUGUGAUGCGGUCGCGCUCUCGAAACGACAAUUGGGGUUCAUCUACAGCGCUGGUCUGUGUAAUCAGCACCUGGAGUUGCCUUCUUGGUGUCCAGACUGGUCUGUACCAUGGCACGCGCGCCCGCUCUGGUUGGACUCCAAAUGCUAUCAAGCUGGUGGCAGCGAGGUCAAAGAGAUCAUGCCUAUCGCCGAGAGCGCCUUACAUGCGGACACAGGCUUUCGGCUUCCCUUGGUGGCAAAGGUAUUCGAUCGAGUGCUUGCUGCUGGCGCGGUAGGUCUGCGAUUCUCGAAGCAGAAUCUCGCUGAGACGCUUCGAGAGUGGCUUUUUCCUCCAUGUCGCUGCUGCACGCUAACCGCAGUCGGCCGCACAUUUACUCUGAUCAACACGUGGCUAUUGCACGUACUAUCACUGCAGAUCAAGAUCGUGCAGUCAGAUGGAGAGGCUCGUCGUGAACGCACCGACAGCAGUCCCGGCAUGGAUCACUCCGCCACUGUCAGCUUUCUCCGCGGCCGUGUCUUCUUCAUCACCGAGAACGGUCGCUUCGGUCUCGCUCGCGCUGGUCUUGCAUGGGGCGAUGGCAUCGCAAUUGUUCAAGGCGGUGCAGUACCAGUAUUGCUUCGACCAACUGUCAGGAACGGACCACUGAACAGAGAGUUCCAGCUUCGGACAGAAGCAUUUGUGCUGGGCGUCAUGGAAGGCGAGAUUUGGGACGACACAAACAUUCUCAGCGAAGAGAUAUUUCUGAUAUCGCUGGACUCGCAAGACAGAGGGCAAAUGGUUGCCGCUUAA